AUGCUUACUAUUAAUAUUCUACUUUACACUUUCCCCAUCCUACUAGCAGUUGCUUUCCUAACAUUAGUAGAACGGAAAGUCCUAGGUUAUAUACAACUUCGAAAAGGCCCAAACAUCGUCGGACCAUAUGGCCUACUACAACCAGUAGCAGACGCUGUAAAACUAUUUACAAAAGAACCCUCACGGCCUGCAACAUCAUCAACCCUAAUAUUCAUCACUGCCCCCAUCAUAGCCCUGACCUUAGCCCUAACAAUCUGAGUACCCCUUCCUAUACCCCAUGCCCUCAUUGACUUAAACCUAGGAGUACUAUUCAUCCUCACCCUAUCCGGGCUAUCAGUGUAUCCAAUCUUAUGAUCUGGAUGAGCAUCAAACUCAAAAUACGCCCUAAUCGGAGCCCUACGAGCAGUAGCACAAACAAUCUCAUACGAAGUCACACUAGCCAUAAUCCUCCUAUCAAUCACGCUAAUCAAUGGAUCAUAUACCCUAAAAAACCUAGCCAUUACACAAGAAAACAUAUGACUACUAGUAUCAACAUGACCUUUAGCCAUAAUAUGAUUCAUCUCAACACUAGCCGAAACAAAUCGAACCCCAUUUGACUUAACUGAGGGAGAAUCAGAACUAGUAUCAGGUUUCAACGUAGAAUACUCAGCCGGCCCAUUCGCCAUAUUUUUCCUAGCUGAAUACACUAAUAUUCUAGCCAUAAAUGCUAUAACCACAAUCUUAUUCCUAGGUUCACCAAUCAACCACAACUUUACCCACAUCAACACACUUUCAUUUACACUUAAAACACUAAUACUAACAUUUCUAUUCUUAUGAAUCCGAGCAUCUUGCCCCCGAUUCCGAUAUGAUCAACUAAUACACCUACUAUGAAAAAACUUCUUACCCCUAACAUUAGCCUUCUGCCUAUGAUAUAUCUCCAUCCCAAUCGCCCUAUCAUGCAUUCCCCCUCAAAUUUAA